UUUCUUCUCUAAGAUCCAAGCCACUAACAACACACACAGAGAGAGCAAAGUUCAAAAAUAAAAAACAAGACCCAACUUCCAUUGCUACUAUCCCUACCUUCCAUUAUAAUAAUAAUAUCUCUUCUUAGUUGCAAAUAGUUUUGAAGCAGAACCACAGAAAUGGGUGAAGAGAAGAAGAAGGAGGAGGAGGAGGAAAAGAAAGAAGAGAGCAAAAAAGAGGAAGAGGAGAAGAAGAAAAAUGAAGAAAAGAAGGAAGAAGAGUCUCCAGCAGAAGAAAUAGUACUUAAGGUUGAUAUGCAUUGUGAAGCUUGUGCAAGGAAAGUUGCUAAAGCAUUGAAAGGCUUUCAAGGAGUGGAGGAGGUGAGUGCAGAUAGCAAGGGGAGCAAAGUGGUGGUGAAAGGAAAGGAAGCAGACCCCAUGAAAGUGGUUGAGAGGCUUCAAAAGAAAAGUGGUAAAAAAGUGGAGCUCAUUUCACCUUUGCCUAAACCUCAACAAGAAGAACAGGGAAAAAAGGAAGAACCACCCAAAAAAGAAGAACCUCAGCCGCCACCUCAAGAGAACAAAGAUCAGCCCCCUCCAGUGGUAACAAUAGUCCUCAAAGUGCGUAUGCAUUGUGAAGCAUGUGCUCAAGGUAUACAAAAGCGUAUCCGUAAGAUUCAAGGAGUUGAGUCGGUGGAAACAGAAUUAGGAAAAGAUCAAGUGAUAGUAAAGGGUGUGAUUGAAGCUGCAAAGCUUGUUGAUGAAGUGUACAAGAGGACCAAGAAGCAUGCUUCUGUUGUGAAGACUGAAGACGAGGAAAAGAAGGAAGAAGAGAAGAAAGAGGAGGAGAAGAAAAAAGAAGAGAAAGAAGAACAAGAGAAAAAAGAAGGUGAAGGAGAAGAAAAGAAAGAAGAAGAAGAUGAUGAUGAUCAUAAUAAGUUUGACAUCAAGAGGAGUGAAUAUUGGCCAUCAAGAUCCUUUGUUGACUAUGCAUAUGCUCCUCAAAUUUUCAGUGAUGAGAACCCAAAUGCAUGUUCUGUAAUGUAGACAAAGUUUGGUUUUUCUUUCUCUACUAUUUGUAUGUAUGUAAUUUUAGGCAUCAUGUUUUUAGAGCUAUGGUCAUCAAUAACAUUAUAUAAUGUAAUGUCAGUUGUUGAAAAUUAUGGACCUUUAGCUAAAUGUAUGUGUUUAACAAUUAACAUGUAUCACUGAAUUUUGGCCUAUGAUUUCUGCACUUAAAAUUUUACUUUAUUUUUUUAGUGGUUAA